AUGGCGCAGUUUCGCGCAAAGAAACUCGACCUCGGGUGCUUCAUCAACUCCAAAAUCAUCCGCGACCACACCAAACGCAAGACCUUUGAGCAAUUUGAACCGCAGAGGCAAGCACUCCGAUACCUUGUCCGGAACACGUCCCUCCCAGAUUGGGUGCGAACAAAGGCGCAAUUCGAGCUGAGAAACAUGCACUGCUACACGCGGCCCACGCAGAUCAAGAACAGGUGUAUAAUGGGUGGCGUGGCCAGGAGUGUGCUGAGGAAGUUCAGGAUGGGCAGGUUCCAAUUCAGGAUGAAUGCGCUGGAAGGGUCUAUACCGGGCGUCAAAAAAGCGAGUUGGUGA